UGGUGUUUUACCGAUAGUAUAUAAUAUUUACCGGUAUUCAAUUUCGGUAUCAGACCACUUUUGUUUCAAUCACUUCCCUUGGUCAUUCCUAAAAGAAGAAAAUAAGGGAUAUUUUUUUGUGUUCGUGACCUCUUACGAAAAUAAAACUUGUUAACACAUCCAUUGUCACUAAGUGCUACGAGAUACGCUCGUAGCGCGUAGCUACGGUUUCGCCGUAUGUAGCGCGUAGUCGCUACGAACAGUACCCGACAGUCGAGUUCUUGGCCCUGAAUGUAUUAAGGGGGUAGAGUUUAGAAAAAGCAUAGCAAUAUAUCUACAGCAACAGAGUGCAUUAUUUAUAUUUUCUGUACCUAACUAAUAUGUGUUAAAGAAAAAGUAUGCGUUUUUACCAGACAUGAUUAUAUACAAGAUAUAAUUAGCUAUAAUGCUAAUCAAAUACAUAAUUAUAUUGUACAUAAUAACGCCAGAUUACAAUUAUAGCUUAUCUAUAAGAAAGGAUAUCGAAUUUGCUAAACAGUUUCUGAAAUAUCACGGGAUAUCAGAUGAGAAUGUAUGUGUAAAAAAGUACAUAGAACAAGUAUGCUCAAAUGAUCAAAAAGAAGUAUGCAGCGCUCGGCUCUUAGGAAAGAAAAUGGAGUUUAAACAAUUUGAUAACCCGUGUUACAUGGAUUUUAAUAACUUUUGCGAUUCUCAAGACAACAUAUGGGCUAUCAAAAAUCCUGGUCCCUGCGUCGUGAACGACGAAAUGAGACGAUUCGCGAAAGAAAUUGAAAAAAUAGCGGUACCUUCCCCCGAAAUAGCAACUGACGAUGACAUAAUAGAUGACACAACUCGAAUAAAUGACGAAGUGACAGAUGAAACGACAUAUGAAACAACAACCGAUGAAACUGAAUUUAUCACAGAGUCGACUGAUGAAACUGAAUUUAUCACAGAGUCGACUGAUGAAACUGAAUUUAUCACAGAGUCGACUGAUGAAACUGAAUUUAUCACAGAGUCGACUGAUGAAACUGAAUUUAUCACAGAGUCGACUGAUGAAACUGAAUCAGUCUCGACUGAUGAAACUGAGUCCACAACUGAAACCACAUACGAAUCUACAAUUGAUGAAACUGUCACAGUAGCAUCUACAAUUAAAAUGACUGGUGAUGAAAAUUUAAGGAUGGGAGAGGAAAUUGGUAAUAUUGUUUAUAAUGACGGCUCCAAGUUAGCUCUUAGGCAGGAAAACUCGACCCGCUUCCCCCCAAUGAAAGGAAUUUUAACAUAUAAAGAAGAACCGUGCGAAAAAUAUGUAAAACCGUGCCCGAAUCUCUAUUUCCCUGUAUGCCUAUACUACGAGAGGGAGAACCCGGAUAAUGUCACGUAUUUCUACUUCAUAAACAGCUGUGAAGCGCGGCAAUGGACUUGCUAUCAUCCUGAGCAUAAAAUACAUGGCUCGAGCAGUUUAAGAGCUGGAUACUGCGCUCACAUUCAGUACAUAAACUACGCCCGGUUCGUCCAUGUGAUCUCGGCGUAUGGCCACUACGGCUGGCUACAGGGGCCCUGGCGGUUCAACCACAUCCUGAAGCCCCACGAGCGCCUUAACUAAUCUCAUACGUCGGCGUGGGGCCACUACGGCUGGCUACAGAGGCCCUGGCGGUUCAACCACAUCCUGAACCCCCACGAGCGCCUUAACUAAUCCCUCACAUGUCGGAGUGGGGCCACUACGGCUGGCUACAGAGGCCCUGGCGGUUCAACCACAUACUGAAGCCCCACGAGCGCGUUAACUAAACCCUCACAUGUCGGAGUGGGGCCACUACGGCUGGCUACAGGGGCCCUGGCGGUUCAACCACAUCCUGAACCCCCACGAGCGCCUUAACUAAUCCCUCACAUGUCGGAGUGGGGCCACUACGGCUGGCUACAGAGGCCCUGGCGGUUCAACCACAUACUGAAGCCCCACGAGCGCGUUAACUAAACCCUCACAUGUCGGAGUGGGGCCACUACGGCUGGCUACAGGGGCCCUGGCGGUUCAACCACAUCCUGAAGCCCCACGAGCGCGUUAACUAAACCCUCACAUGUCGGAGUGGGGCCACUACGGCUGGCUACAGGGGCCCUGGCGGUUCAACCACAUCCUGAAGCCCCACGAGCGCAUUAACUAAACCCUCACAUGUCGGAGUGGGGCCACUACGGCUGGCUACAGAGGCCCUGGCGGUUCAACCACAUCCUGAACCCCCACGAGCGCCUUAACUAAUCCCUCACAUGUCGGAGUGGGGCCACUACGGCUGGCUACAGGGGCCCUGGCGGUUCAACCACAUCCUGAAGCCCCACGAGCGCCUUAACUAAUCCCUCACAUGUCGGAGUGGGGCCACUACGGCUGGCUACAGGGGCCCUGGCGGUUCAACCACAUCCUGAAGCCCCACGAGCGGCUUAACUAAACCCUCACAUGUCGGAGUGGGGCCACUACGGCUGGCUACAGGGGCCCUGGCGGUUCAACCACAUACUGAAGCCCCACGAGCGGAUUAACUAAACCCUCACAUGUCGGAGUGGGGCCACUACGGCUGGCUACAGGGGCCCUGGCGGUUCAACCACAUACUGAAGCCACACGAGCGCAUUAACUAAUCCCUCACACGUCGGCGUGGGGCCACUACGGCUGGCUACAGGGGCCCUGGCGGUUCAACCACAUACUGAAGCCACACGAGCGCAUUAACUAAACCCUCACAUGUCGGAGUGGGGCCACUACGGCUGGCUACAGGGGCCCUGGCGGUUCAACCACAUACUGAAGCCACACGAGCGCAUUAACUAAUCCCUCACACGUCGGCGUGGGGCCACUACGGCUGGCUACAGGGGCCCUGGCGGUUUAACCACAUACUGAAGCCACACGAGCGCAUUAACUAAACCCUCACAUGUCGGAGUGGGGCCACUAAGGCUGGCUACGGGGGCCCUGGCGGUUCAACCACAUCCUGAAGCCCCACGAGCGCAUUAACUAAUCCCUCACACGUCGGCGUGGGGCCACUACGGCUGGCUACAGCGGGCAUUUUUUAUGUAUUUCUCUUUGUUAUUCUUGGGUCAAAUAACAUACGCGAUAAAAUGAAUUUAAGUUUUAUUGUUUAC